AUGAGACCAUCCCAGUGUGGACUGUUAGCAGAUCUGUCCUUGGAACGUCAUGAUAGUUUAGACACAGCAUCUCUCUGCCAAGAAGAUGCGGACAGACGACUAUUCUUCAACGUCACAACUCCUUCAAGCAUCUUCAUUUGCGGCUCGCAGGGUUCAGGAAAGAGCCAUACGUUAUCUUGUUUGCUGGAGAACUGUUUGGCAGACUCGGAUGCGGCAAUACUACCAAGGCCUCUUUCAGCAUUAUUGUUUCAUUACGACACCUUCAUAUCUGAUGAUGGCGGAUCACCUUGCGAGGCAGCAUACCUAGCGUCGUUAUCUGGAGUUCAGGUGAGGGUUGUGUGUGCUCCAACCAACAUACGCACGAUCCAGAAAACGUAUCGGCACCUGAGUGUCAAUGUAGAACCACUCCAAAUCGAUAGCUGUGAUCUCAACACAAAACGCAUCUUAGAUCUUAUGGCCGUCAAACCAGAGGAAGGGAGUAUUCCUCUCUAUGUCCACACAGUCAGUCGCAUACUGAGAGAAAUGCGUAUGUCUCAACAAGCGACUGGCGCAUCAUUCGACUAUCAGACAUUCAAAACAGCGAUUUUGGCGGCGGACCUUUCACCAGCUCAACUUGCACCUCUUAACCAGCGCCUCGCGAUGCUUGAGAGCUUCAUGCCACCUGUGGGAGACAUGAGAAAGGGGGGAAAUCAGAAAAGCCACAAAGGUACAAUGUGGACAAAUCAGCCUGGCUUACUGACAAUAGUCGAUCUCUCCUGCCCUUGUGUUUCGCCAGAGACUGCUUGCUCGUUGUUCAACAUCUGCUUAAGUUUGUUUCUUGAACAGGAAAUAGUCUGCGGUCGUGUUGUUGCUCUUGAUGAGGCUCACAAGUACAUGACCAGCUCUCCAGAAUCCUCGGUACUCACAAAUUCACUCUUAUCAACCGUGAGGCUUCAAAGACAUCUUGGAGUACGGAUAUUUGUAUCUACUCAAGAGCCGACGAUAGCACCAGCCUUUUUGGACCUUUGUACCGUGACUAUCAUACAUCGGUUUUCCUCGCCUGCUUGGCUGCAUGCCCUCGAUGCUCACAUUGCACUCAUGCAACGACACGAAUCUGAUUGGACCGCUCAGCGCGACAACCAUUCCAGUAGUCGGAAAGAAAACGCGAGAGAAAUCUUCAAAAAGAUCAUCCAGCUCAAACCUGGAGAAGCACUCGUGUUUGCGCCUAGCGCGAUGACGGCCAUAGGUAAUCUGGAUGGUUCCUCCGUGGAUGGCUCGACGAAAUUUUACAUACAGGUUAGGAUCAGAUCGAGGCUAUCAGAUGACGGCGGAAGUAGCGUACUUGCCGGUUAA